GGCAUACUACUCCUUCACUACUCUCUACUCUCUCCCAUCUCUCUAGACUCCUCCAUCCUACAAACUUCCUCCAAUCCAUUGCAGCAGCAACAUCAACUCAUCCACUACCCACUGGUAAAGAUGGAGAAGGAAAUGAUCGCGAAGUCCCUCAUCUCCUCCGCUGCCUACGCUCCUUCCUUGCUUCCUCUGCUGUCUCUCUCUCGUAAUCUCAAUUUCAGGUGUUUAUCACCGUUGAAGGCGAAUCCACAGCGAUGUGUCGUCGGCAGCACCAAGCGGCUUUGUCGCGUGGUUGCUGCUAGAGGAAAUUUGGAGUCGACGGGUGUGCCGACGUCGGUGCCGGUGCGCGUGGCGCUCGAGCUUCUUCAAGCUGGACAUCGGUAUCUGGACGUCAGGACUCCUGAAGAGUUCAGUGCUGGACAUGCCUCUGGGGCUAUUAACGUUCCUUACAUGCUCAGAUUUGGAUCUGGGAUGGCAAAGAACCCUAAAUUUCUGGUGGAAGUUUCAUCACAUUUCCGGAAAGAUGAUGAAAUCAUUGUUGGAUGCCAGAAAGGGAAAAGGUCACUCAUGGCUGUGAAUGAUCUUUUGGCUGCUGGUUUUACAGCCAUUACUGACAUAGCUGGUGGGUAUGAUGCUUGGUCACAGAAUGGACUUCCGACAGACUCUUGAACUUGAAGUAUGCACAUGGGCGCCAUACUUGCUGAUACCGUAACUGUUCUAGAUAGUAAGGUUAUGUGCAGAACAGAAUUACAAAUGUAGUAAUAGCAAGGACAAGGUAUACAGGGAUCUGUGAAUAAAAAUGUUGCAGAAGCGGGUAAGCUCUGUAUCUGUAUCUAGCACGCAAUAAAAGAUCGAUGGUUACCUUGCCAA